UGAUUGUGGAAGGAAAAAUUACCGGUAGAGGUUAAAUUAUUAAUGAGUUUUUCUGUUUAGUUUAUUUAAAAUUAAUUAGUACUUUUUUAUGGAAGAAUUUAAUAAUUUAAAUUAUCGAGGAUAAGAAUAAAUUAGGAGUUGGAAGAAUUGUGUUUUGUGUAGUUGUUGGUUCUAUUGAUCAAUUUAGAAGACUGUCAACGAUGUCUGAACCAUUGGAUAAAAUCCCUGAUGUUAUCAUUGAUCCCAAUGGCGUUUUUAAAUAUAUUUUAGUUUAUGUCCAUGAUGAUAACAGCAAGCAAAGCAAACCCAUAGUACGCGGCUACAAGAAAUGCAAAUUCCACGCUGAUAUCUAUGAAACAAUAGGAGAGGAUGAGCUGAAGAACUGCGGGGCUGGACUAGACACCGAAUGCGUUGGGGGAGGCAGAAUCAAUCAUAAUGCGCCGGCAAAAACUAUCAAGGUUUAUGGAUACUCCCAGGGAUUUGGAAAAGCUGACCAUACUAUCGCGGUUGGAUUAUUGAAGAAAAAAUACCCUGAUUACGAAAUCACUUGGUCUGACGAAGGCUAUUAGGAGAUAGUUAUUACUUUAAUAAAAUGCUUUGGCAAGUACAUUUAAAUUCGCCAUUUGAAAUUCAAAAUAUUGUGCAACUUAUUUAUAUUGUAUUCAUGUAUCCCGUGUGAAACUUUCAAAUAAAUUAUUUAUGAGUGAAA